AUGCUCGUUGUAGUUUUCAGGUGCCGCCAUAGAGUGUGGUUCUCCACGCCGACGCCAGUUCGUGUUACGUCUGCUGCUCCUCGCAAAUCGCCGAAGAUGUCAUACUGCAAUAGCUGUCGCGCCAGACUUCCAGAGGCGAAGGAUUUGGAAAUCCAACAUGCCUUCAGCAUCGAGACUUUUCUGGACAGCGGUGAGUUCACAGAUUUCGAGUUCCGGGUGAAGAUGGAGGACCAUCCUGACAUCCCCGAGCGGAGAGUUCGUGUGCACAAGCUGUUCCUUGCCAUGAGGAACGAGGUGUUCCGUGCGAUGUUGUUCUGCGGAGAUCUGGCUGAGACAUGCGGGGGGGUGAUCAUCACGGAUGUGCACCCAGACGGCUUCGACUUGCUGCUCAGGUGA